CGUGUACAUUUCAAGACUUCCCUUUUGUACUUUCUUGCUCUGUGUCGCGUAAGGGCCUCUCUCAUGCACUAAAAAAAGAAAUUACUUAUUGACAUGAGAAAAUAUAAAGAUAUUUCCGUUGACCCUGACUCAUAGGAUGGCUAGAGAGACCGGAAUCCCCUUCUUUCCGAGAUAGUGCGCUCCGGGUGGGGCACCAAGGUUAGCUGCGCUUUGGGUGGCGGGUUCUGCAAACAACCACACCUGGAGUUGGAGAUGCUGCUGCAACCUACUCUUCGCCGUGUCCUGCUUGGCUGCCUGUGGAGUGGGGCCAGGCUGCGGUGGAAACAUAACUCCUCCCUGAAGGUAGCCAAUGAGCCCAUCUUGACCUUCACGCAGGGCAGCCCCGAGCGAGCUGCAUUGCAGAAGGCCUUGAAGGACCUGAAGGGCCGGACAGAAGCCAUCCCGUGCGUGGUGGGGGACGAGGAGGUGUGGACUGCGGACGUGCAGUACCAGGUGUCGCCCUUUAAUCAUGGACACAAGGUGGCCAAGUUCUGCUAUGCAGACAAGGCCUUGCUCAACAAAGCCAUUGAGGCUGCCUUGGCCGCCAGGAAAGAGUGGGACCUGAAGCCUGUCACAGACCGGGCCCAGAUCUUCCUGCGGGCAGCGGAUAUGCUGAGUGGGCUGCGCCGGGCAGAGGUCCUUGCCAAGACCAUGGUGGGACAGGGUAAGACAGUGAUCCAAGCGGAGAUCGAUGCCGCGGCCGAGCUGAUCGACUUCUUCCGAUUCAACGCCAAGUUUGCCGUGGAGCUGGAGGGGGAACAGCCCCUCAGCGUGCCGCCCAGCACCAACAGCACAGUGUACCGGGGGCUGGAGGGCUUUGUGGCGGCCAUCUCCCCCUUUAACUUCACUGCGAUCGGCGGCAACCUGGUGGGGGCGCCGGCCUUGAUGGGCAAUGUGGUUCUGUGGAAGCCCAGCGACACUGCCGUGCUGGCCAGCUAUGCCGUCUACCGCGUCCUCCGGGAGGCUGGCCUGCCCCCCAACAUCAUCCAGUUUGUGCCGGCCGACGGGCCCACAUUUGGGGACACUGUUACCAGCUCAGAGCACCUGUGUGGUAUCAACUUCACGGGCAGCGUGCCCACCUUUAAACACCUGUGGAAGCAGGUAGCCCAGAACCUGGAUCGCUUUCGUACCUUCCCACGCCUAGCUGGAGAGUGCGGUGGGAAGAACUUCCACUUCGUGCACCGCUCCGCCGACGUGGACAGCGUGGUGAGCGGGACCCUGCGCUCAGCCUUCGAGUACGGGGGCCAGAAGUGCUCGGCCUGCUCCCGCCUCUACGUGCCGCACUCGCUGUGGCCGCGGAUCAAACAGCGGCUGCUUGAGGAGCACAGCCGGAUCAAAGUGGGCGACCCCGCAGAAGAUUUUGGGACCUUCUUCUCCGCAGUGAUUGAUGCCAAGGCCUUUGGCCGCAUCAGGAAGUGGCUGGAGCAUGCGCACUCCUCGCCCAGCCUCACCGUGCUGGCUGGGGGCAAGUGCGAUGACUCCGUGGGCUACUUCGUGGAGCCCUGCAUUGUCGAGAGCAAGGACCCUCAGGACCCCAUCAUGAAGGAGGAGAUCUUCGGGCCUGUGUUGACUGUGUACGUCUACCCAGAUGACAAGUACAGGGAGGCGCUGCGGCUGGUCGACAGCACUACCAGCUAUGGCCUCACGGGGGCAGUGUUCGCCCAGGAUAAGGACGUCGUCCGGGAGGCCACAGAGAUGCUGAGGUACUCUGCUGGCAACUUCUAUGUCAACGACAAGUCCACCGGCGCGGUGGUGGGCCAGCAGCCCUUCGGGGGGGCUCGAGCCUCUGGCACCAAUGACAAGCCGGGGGGGCCCCACUACAUCCUGCGCUGGACGUCGCCCCAGGUCAUCAAGGAGACGCAUGAGCCUCUGGGGGACUGGCGCUACUCGUACAUGCAGUGAGCUGGCUCGGCGCCUUUGCUGUCCACCCGUCCGUCUGUCUGGGCGCCUGGCCUCAUGCACCGGGCCCACCCCAGCCCCUCCACCUGCUCCCUGUGGGGCAGCCCCUGGCCCCCCACUACCCCAUGUCCUGGCCUGCCCCACGUCUCGGGGGCAGGCACCCCAGCUCUGGUUUGAGAUCCUGCUGGGGAGGAACAGGCCUCCUGCCCCUCAUCCCAUUGGGAGUCCUGGGAAUUACAUCUCGUAGGUGUGACCUUGGUGUGGCUGUUUCUCCACCUGUCCUUUCCUCCUCGUUCUUCAACACGGUGGCCCGGUGCUUUAGGGUCUCAGGGAGUGAUAGUGGGGAAGCUCCCAGUCCCUGGAGGAAAGAAGGUGACUCUGCGCCCCCUGGUGACCUCAUUACCCACAGAGGCUCCCGGGCCCUGGCUAUCCAGGUCUUUGAGUUUGGUGUGACCAGUAGGGCGUGGGGCUCCAGCUGACUUUGCCCUCUUUGGUCUGGGCCACCCACCCUUCACGCUAGCUCGCUGCCUGGAUUCCCAUGAGCCAGUGGGUAGCUAUGCCCAACCUUCAACCUUAGAUGCCCAUGUGCCUUUUUCCUCGGAGCUUGUAUGACCACGUGGUUCCUGGCUGUCUCUGAGGGGUGGGCCUGGGGGCUGCUGGAGGCCACCUGCCAAAGUGUGGGGUAUGCCAGUCCUUCCUUUUGGGGCUAUGAUUUUAGAAAUUGGGUGGACUGUGUCGUGUCAGCUUUCCCUGGGCGCUCCUGCCCUGCCCCCAGGGCGGCCACUCCCAGAGCCCAUGCGGGCCUGGGGUCUUCCGCAGGAGCGCCCUUCCCACCAGCUGUGGUGGGACAGGCUCCAGUAGGUGCUGCUCCCACCACCUCCCAGGCCCCGAGACCCACUGUGGGUCCCCAUCCUGCCAGGGCCGAGGAUUGGCCAUAGAAUCCUCCUUCCUUUACAUGCAAGUGGCUCUGUGUGGACUGGCCCUUGGUGGCCCGCUCUUUGUUUGAAGUAGCCGAUCGGUGGACUCUCACAAAUGGGUCAGAUUCUGGGUGGCCAGGGAUCUAUAAGGAGUGACUUUGGAGCACAUUUUUUGGGAGCCCUAGAAAUGCAGGGCCCUCUGCAAGGACAGCUGGCAGGGGGUCCCCACGGGGUUGAUGUGGCCAUUCCCCAAGUGCCAUGAUCCCAGACCGUGGCUAUCGGUCAGGGCCGUACUGAUAUCACCUGGACAGGGCAUGUCUUCCAGGUUCUGCACUGUUUUUCCCACAAGGGGCCAGCCCCGGCGCCCGGGUGGGCGGGUGGCUGUAAGUGUCCGUGGUUCCGCUGGCUCUGCACUGUGAAGUGGCAACAGGGUUUGCCCUGGUGUCACCCAAUAAAGUACCUGUUACUUCA